CCACAACAAUUGUCAUUCGCCGGUCAACAGCCAUUGAUGACAGUCUAUCUGAUAUAAGAGCGAUUGUCGCGUUCUAACAAAAUGGGUCGUCUAUUGAGAUUUGCGUUUGUUUUGUUAAUAGCGGAGAGCACUAUGGUAAAUUUUAGGGUGCUAGCUAAUGACGUGUCUCCUGUGACGACAGCAUUUGAAACCCACAAAAUCGUAACUGAUGUAAUACAUAAGGCUCCUUCAUACUUAGUCAAGGUGAAAUACCCAAGUGGCGUUGAAGUGAAUUUAGGCAAUGAGCUCACUCCCACGCAAGUGAAGGAUGUACCAUUAGUGACGUGGGCGGCCGAUCCUGACAGCUAUUACGUGCUCGCCAUGACUGACCCAGACGCACCAUCCCGAAAGGAACCUACCUUCCGCGAAUGGCACCACUGGCUGGUUGGCAAUAUUCUCGGAAACAGCGUGACCACAGGCGAAACCCUCUCCCAGUACGUUGGCUCUGGACCUCCGAAGGGAACUGGCCUGCACCGUUACGUGUUCCUUGUUUACAAACAGCCCGGCAAACUGACUUUCGAUGAGCCUCGUCUUACAAAUAGAUCUGCCGAUAAUCGUGGAGGCUUCUCCAUCGCAAAAUUUGCGGCGAAAUAUAAUUUAAGCGAACCCCUUAUAGGGAACUUCUACCAAGCUCAAUACGAUGACUAUGUACCUAUUCUGUUCAAACAACUUAGACCUUAAUCAGUAUCCAAGCUGUACCUUGUUUGUGUAACUAUGUAUGUACAAUAGGAAAGUUUUUUUAUUUAUUUAUCCAUUUAAAUAGCAAUACAAAACUUCACAUAAUGAUAGCAGCUAAAACACCACCAAUGUUUAUACGUGUGCUAUCAUUAGUUUAAUUUAUAAGUAAAUAUUAUUAAAUUUGUUUACUUGUUA